UCUCCUGUCUUGCUCAAAUGUCUGAGAUUACAACAUAUAUAACCAUUUCACAUAGUAAGAUGGUGAAAUCUUCGCCUAUAUUCAUUAUAAGUUACUAAUGUUCUUAACUGUUGUAGAAUUAUGUUUACAAAGUACUGAAUAACCAAUAGGAGAUGUAUAAAUAUUUUAGAAGAUUAAGUUAGACAUGAUUUGCUAAAUCCAUCAUAAUAUGGGCGCUUUUGAAAACUUGGGUUUCUAUUAGGAAUAUAUUCAAGAGAAGAUAAAUAGGUAUGAAAAGGGAAGGAGAUGAGAAUAAAACUAAAGAAAGGAUUAUAUAGUUGUAUCAUCUCAAACUCUGUUGUAGACAGGUCCUGUGCUGGUUUGGUUCAUUAUUUUCCUACUAUCCCCCUCCCAAAAGAAACAAUAGAUGCAAAGGUGGAAGAGAGAGGUCAGAGGAUCUAGUCCCUCCUGUCCUCAUUUUAGUUCCAGAUCUCAGACAGUAGAUGUAGCCCUCCAGGCGUAUAACUUCUGCCCUCCUCCAGUUACACACAUCUGCUUCUGGCCCCUCUAAUGCUAUGGACCCCAAGAAUGUCCUACUCUUACCUCGUCCUGCUCACUCAGGCUCCAGCAAAUCAUCAGAAUUAUCAUUUAAGUUGUUUGUUCCUAGUUUACGGCUCUACUGGUUUCUGCUCCACGUAAGCUGGUCUUAGCUGCAAUUCUUUUUAUUCCUUUGCGUAAAAUGCAUAAAAUGAUCUCUGCUUCCAGGUCCUUCUAAUAUUUGGUUUUGGACUCCAGUUCUUAACACAGAGCUCCUAAGACACUAAGGGUCUCUUGGGUGAUAGAAGUAACUUUUGUUCUAAUGAGGUGUUGCUGGUGGGCUCCAGGAUCAACACUGGCCACCAGAAAAACCAAGCCAUGAUUGAAAGCUUGGUACUUCCACCCCAUCCUCAUUCUCCAGAAGUGGGAGAAGCAUUGUAAAUUGAGCUGAGAGUCAAUCAUGCUUAUCUGAUGAAACCUCCAAAAAAUUCCAAAAGUACUGGGUUCAGAGAGUGACAAAGCUGGUAAACACAUCAAUGUGCUAGGAAGGUGGUGGGUGCAUCCCAGCUCCAGGGUGACUGGGGCUCUAUGCUUGGAACCCUUCCAGACCUUAUCAUAUGUAUGUCUUCAUUUAGCUGUUCAUCUGAAUCCUUUAUCAUAUUGUUUAUAUUAGGAACAAGUCAACAUAAGUAAGGGUUCCCUUGAGGUGGUAACUGUUCCCUUGAGGAAGUAAGCUGUUCUAACAAAUUGUCAAACCCAAAGAUGAGGUCAUGGGAGCCCCACUUAUAGCUGGAAGGUCAGAAGUAAAAGAGAUGACAUGGGGCUUCGUGAUUGGCACCUGAAGCUGGGUCAGUGUUAUGAGACAGGGCGAGUAACUGGUGGGAUCUGAUGCUAACUCCAGACAGAUAGUGUCAGAACUAAACCAAUUGUAGGACACCGAGAUGGUUUUGGAGAAUUGUUUGGUAUGGGGGGAAAAAAAACCACCACAUUUGGUGGCCAGAAGUAUGAGAACAAAGGAAAACACAAAGGACAAAAACAGUUUUUCCCAGACAUUUGGUGUCAAUGAAGUGGAAUUUGCUAGAACAUUUCUGGCUCAUGGAAACACAUGGUUUGGGAACAGAAAGAAUGGAGGGCUGGGAUGCUGAGAUGAGGCGCUCUUGGUCCCUGGAUGGCUACCUAGUCCCUCAUAGUAUAAAAAUGCAGCUGCUCUUUGAUCAGUUACUAAGAGUAAAACUUGCCAGUGGAAUUAGAGAUGAGAGUAGACCCAGCUCCUGAGGAGUGGCUCUUUGGAUAUGUAAGGAAAUGCAAAAUAAUAAGCAUGCUAAAUGUAUAAUCUCUCAGUCAUUGUUAUCCAGAAUGGCUAAAAUAAGAGAGAGUUCUGAGUUGAACCUUGAUGUGGGAACAAGUUCAAACUUGGGUCAGUCUGAGCUUUGACCACCAGCCUCAAAGCUGCUCAGAAAGGGAAAAAUUAUGCCAGGAAGGUACCUCUAAUCACCCUUUGAUCACCAAAGAAAUAGUGUGGUGGAUGAAGGACAAAACCAAAACAAACCAACCAACAAACUACUAAAACCAGGGGGUAGAGCGUGAAGGAGAUGUCUCAUUUUGUGGACCGAACUAUCAGCUUCCUGAGGAAUCUCUACCAAAAUGGACUAAGAGAGUAACUAAUCUGGGGUCUAUGUCUUUGGUUUUGAAUGUUUCAGAGUGGAAGAGCCUUUCUGGGUUGCAGCUGGAUCCACAUCCCACUAAAGAACGAUCACAGAUGGUUAUACGUGAUCCAGACACACAGAACGUUAUUCCUGAGCGAUUCCUGCUGAGCUGGAUAAAGCCACUUAAGGGUGUGCUCACCUGAGAAGGAGGACUGCCCAUGUCCUCCUAUAAUUGCCAAGUGGAGCACUUCAGAUGAAGGAACUGAUACACUUUGCAGGCAAUGAUAGGCUUCCCAAUGCCUUUGGACUCCUGUGAUUCCAGAUCUCAAGUCUGUGGUUUGCUCUGAAGCCUCAAUAUCAGAUGGGUCUAGGAAAGAUGACUGUCGGAGUUGCCAAGCAGAUUCUGAAACUUACUUAGAAGAGUGAAGAUGUAUGGCUUCAUCGAGGAAAUGCUGAAAAGAGGAUUAACGAGAGGGCCCUUGCUCUGUUGCAGUGGUAGGAGAUUAUAAUGUGGCACACGAGAAGGAAGAAGCCCACAUUUUGAAGAAAAAGGAUGGUGUCCGAAGGGCAGUGGGAGGUACAUGCUUCCAGUUAUGGAAUGAAUAAGUCACGAGGAUGAAAGGGAAAGCAGAGGGAAUACAGUCAGUGAUACUAUAAUAGCUCUGUAUGGACAGAUGUUAGCUGCACUUAGAGUGAGCACAGCAUAACACACAAACUUGUUGAAUCAGCAGUCUGAACACCUGAAAUUAAUGCAACGUCAUGUGUCAAUGUGUCAAUGUGUCACAUUAAGAAAGUCAAUGUGUCAACUCUACUUCAAUUCAACUCUACUUUCAAAGAAAAGAAAAAAGAAAAGAAAAAAAAGAAAAGAAAAAGAAUAGAGUCUAGAAGCCAACUAGCAUCAGAAGGCAUACAAAAUUCUGCUAGGAAAAAAGUUACUGAAAAGCUUUUCCUCAAUUAUCUUCUCUGUUUACAAAAUGCUGGUGAUGUUAUUACAUGGGAUAAUUUUGUAUCUUCUGCAUAAGACAGCAGAUAUGCAGAAACGCUCAGGAGUUUUUUUUUUUUGUUUUUUUUUUUGAGCCUCAGGCCUUAAUGAGUUUGAUCUGCCUUUGUUUUGCUUGCUGAACAAUUCCUGAACUCAUAAUUAACAAAAGCGCACACAGGAUUGAAUAAACGUUGAGAAGUGGGAAGUAGGUGAGGAAGAUUCAUGGGAUGAUUGUAGACGAUGUGACACAGAUGAAUCUGGUCCGUUUAAGAACGUGUACACGCACAACAUAUUGUUUCCCCUUCAGUUACAUAUUCAGAAAGCAAUCACAGCGCAGAAGCAAGGAGCAGACUUACCUAGGGCAAGCAGAGAGAGAGUGGCCCUUUCUCAUGUGUCUUCUUCAGCCCAAACCAAACUCCAGGAAUUACAAGUUUUACAAUUGCCUUGUCUUCGACUUACAUGAAAUGCUCAAAGGAGAUAGAGUGACAACUCUUAUCUGUUACAAAUAUGUCUUGAAAAAUAUGGAAAACUGGACAUACCCAAAGCCAGCAGUUGCUUAUAGAGAAAGUGGUUUGUUUGCUGGGAUUUGUUACAGAAAGAACAAGCCCGUAGAUCUUGGUGACUCUACACAAUGUUGCUCAAAAGAUACUCCUGCUUUGCACUCCAAGAGUGAUGCACAGUUAGCUUGGAUGGGAUGUAACUGAAAUGCAGAUAAAUGCAGACAGAGUUCAUGGUUUUACCCUGAAAAAAAUUACAUGGCUUCAUUGCCAUAUUUCUAUACCUAGGUUUUAAGAACUCAAGGGGAGGGUUUUGAGUAAUUUUCUGAACUGGUUUUGUAUUUAUACUAUCAGUUUUUGAAAAAAAAUCUUUUCUUUUCUUUUUUUUUUUUUUUUAACCUCUCUCUGCCCUGCUUUUCUCUGAACUGUCUCUUUACUUAUGUUGUUUUAAAAAGACUGUCCCGGGGCCAACUCUCCCAUUAGGACUGUGUAUGCAAAAGCUAAUUGAGAAAGACUAGAUUCUCUUUGGUUUGAUAGCUCCUAAUGUUUUGGUAAGUCCAGCCAGCCAUCUGCAGCUACAAACUCCCUGCUGAGUUGCUGGCCGAGAUACAAAGAAAGGAAAAACAGCGAAGAAACCACCCUGUGAUGUGAGCCCGGAGUUUUCUGGCAGCCUGGCUGAAUGAGGACCAUAAUCCUUUUCGGAAAUAAUUCUAAAACGGAACUAUUCGCAAUAAACAUGAAAUUAAAAGCAUGAUGUAGUAGUGAUCCAAAAGGAAUGUGAAUUCUUCUCCAGGACAUGCAGAGACCUGUGGACGAACUAUUUCUAGAUUCUUGCUCCAGCUUUCCUGAGAGUCAGAAUGAUCAAGAGGCACUUAAGUGUGGGUCAGCAAACAUGGGCUCUCCUCUGCAAGAAUUUUCUGAAGAAAUGGAGGAGGAAGAGAGAGACCUUGUUGGAAUGGUUUUUCUCAUUUCUUCUAGUAUUGUUUGCAUACCGACUUUCCUCCAAUUUACAUCAAGUUAAUGACUUUCCUCAAUUGCCUGCAAUGAAUCUGGGACGUGUAGAUAACUUUAAUGACUCUAAUUAUGUGAUUGCAUUUGCCCCUGAAUCCAAAACAACCCAGGAGAUCAUGGAAAAAGUGGCUUCAGCCCCAUUCAUGAAAGGAAGAAGAAUCAUGGGGUGGCCAGAUGAGAAAAGCAUGGAUGAUUUGGAUUUAAACUACUCUAUAGAUGCAGUAAAAGUCAUCUUUAAUAAUACAUUCUCAUAUCAUCUGAAGUUUGUCUGGAGUGGGAGAAUCCCCAAGAUGAAGGAACACAGAGACCAUUCAGCUCAUUGUCAAGUAAUGGAUGAAAAAAUCACAUGUGAAGGUUCCAUGUUCUGGAAGAAAGGUUUUAUAGCUUUUCAAGCUGCCAUUAAUGCUGCUAUUAUAGAAAUCACAACAAAUCAUUCAGUGAUGGAAGAGCUGAUGUCAAUCACUGGUAUAAACAUGAAGAUAUUACCUUUUGUUGCCCAAGCAGGAGUUGCAACUGAUUUUUUCAUAUUCUUCUGCAUUAUUUCUUUUUCUACAUUCAUUUACUAUGUAUCAGUCAAUGUUACACAAGAAAGACAAUACAUUAAGUCAUUGAUGAUGAUGAUGGGCCUUCGAGAGUCAUCCUUCUGGCUCUCCUGGGGUUUGAUGUAUGCUGGCUUCAUCUUUAUUGUGGCUACUUUGAUGGCUCUUAUUACAAAAUCUGCCCAAGUUGUGGUCCUAACUGGCUUCAUGGCGGUCUUCACCCUCUUUCUCCUCUAUGGCCUGUCUUUGAUAACUUUAGCUUUCCUGAUGAGCGUGUUGAUAAAGAAACCUUUCCUUACUGGGUUGGUUGUCUUUCUCCUUACUGUCUUUUGGGGGAGUCUGGGAUUCACUGCAUUGUACAGACAUCUUCCUGCAUUUUUGGAAUGGAUCUUAUGUCUUCUUAGCCCUUUUGCUUUCACUGCUGGAAUGGCCCAGCUUAUACAUUUGGACUAUGAUGUGAAUUCUAACAUCCAUUUGGAUUCUUCCGACAACCCAUACCUAAUAAUAGCUACUCUUUUCAUGUUGGUUUUUGAUGGUCUUCUGUAUUUGGCUUUGACAUUAUAUUUUGACAAAAUUUUGCCCACUGAAUAUGGACAUCGACAUUCUCCUUGGUUUUUCCUGAAUUCCUCUUUUUGGUUUCAACACCAAAGAGCUGAUCAUGUGGCCCUUGAGAAUGAAAUAGAUUCAAAUUCUUCAUCCAAUGACUCUUUUGAACCAGUGUCUCCAGAAUUCCAUGGGAAAGAAGCCAUCAGAAUAAGAAAUCUUAAGAAAGAAUAUAGAAAAGGAAAACAUGAAAAAGUAGAAGCCUUGAAAGGCUUGGUAUUUGACAUAUACGAAGGCCAGAUCACUGCCCUCCUUGGUCACAGUGGAGCUGGAAAAACCACCCUGUUGAACAUGCUCAGUGGACUGUCCCUCCCAACGUCAGGUUCGGUCACCAUCUAUAACCACACCCUUUCAGAAAUGGCUGACUUGGAAGGCAUCAGCAAGCUCACUGGAGUCUGUCCACAAUCCAACGUGCAGUUUGGCUUCCUCACUGUGAAAGAAAAUCUGAGGCUUUUCGCUAAAAUAAAAGGGAUUCAGCCACGUGAAGUGGAACAAGAGAUACAACAAGUUUUAAGGGACUUGGAGAUGGAAAAUAUUCAAGAUAUUCUUGCUCAAAAUUUAAGCGGUGGACAAAAAAGGAAACUAACUUUUGGGAUUGCCAUUUUAGGAGAUCCUCAGGUUUUGUUGUUGGAUGAACCAACUGCUGGGUCAGAUCCUCUUUCAAGGCACCAUGUAUGGAACCUCCUAAAAGAGAGGAAAUCCAAUAGAGUCAUUCUCUUCAGUACUCAGUUCAUGGAUGAAGCUGACAUCCUGGCUGACAGGAAGGUGUUUAUAUCCAAUGGGAGACUGAAGUGUGCAGGCUCUUCUCUAUUCCUGAAGAAGAAAUGGGGCAUUGGCUACCAUUUAAGUUUGCAUCUGAAUGAAAUGUGUGAUCCAGACAGUAUAACAUCACUUGUUAAACAACAUGUCCCUGAUGCCAAAUUAAGGGCACAGAGUGAAGAAAAGCUUAUAUAUAUUUUGCCUUUGGAGAGGACAAACAAAUUUCCAGAUCUUUACAGGGACCUUGAUAGAUGCUCUAACCAAGGCAUUGAGAAUUAUGGCGUUUCCAUGACAACUUUGAAUGAAGUGUUCUUGAAAUUAGAAGGAAAAUCAGCUAUUGAUGAAUCAGAUGAUGAAAUUUGGGGAGAGUUACAAAGUAAUAGGACAAAAGACACAGGAAGCCUUGUUGAGCUGGAACAAGUUUUGUCUUCCUUUAAGGAAACAAAGAAAUCCAUCCGGGGCAUGGCUCUCUGGAGACAACAGCUCUCUGCAGUAGCAAAAGUUCGCUUCCUCAAGUUAAAGAAUGAAAAAAAAACCUUGUUGACCAUAUUAUUACUUCUUGGCAUCAGCUUUUGCCCUCAGCUUUUAGAGCAUCUAUUCUAUGAGUUAUAUCAAAAAAGUUAUUCUUGGGGACUGACUCCUGAUAUGUACUUCCUCUCACCGGGACAACCGCCUCAAGCUCCUCUGACCCACUUACUGGUCAUCAAUAAAACAGGGUCAAGUAUUGAUAACUUUAUACAUUCUCUGAGGCAACAGAACAUAGCUUUGGAAGUGGAUGCCUUUGGAACCAGAAGUGGCCCAAAUGAGCCAUCGUACAACGGUGCUAUCACCGUGUCAGGUGAUGGCGAGGAUUACAGAUUCUCAAUAGCAUGUAAUACCAAAAGGCUGAAUUGCUUUCCUGUUGUCAUGGAUAUCAUCAGCAACGGGCUACUGGGAAUUUUUAAUUCUUCAGAACGCAUUCAGACUGAUAGAAGCACAUAUUUCGAAGAGCACGUGUCUUAUGAGCAUGGGUACCUGAGUAACUCCUUCUUCUGGAUCCCGGUGGCAGCCUGUUUCACUCCAUACAUUGCAAUGAGCAGCAUUGGUGACUAUAAAAGAAAAGCUUACUCCCAGCUAUGGAUUUCAGGCCUCUACCCUUCUGCUUACUGGUUUGGCCAGGCGCUGGUGGAUAUUCCCCUCUACUUCUUGAUCCUACUUCUGAUGCAAAUAAUGGAUUACGUUUUUAGCCCAGAUGAGAUUAUAUAUAUAAUUCAAAACCUGUUAGUUCAGAUCUUGUGUAGUAUUGGAUAUGCCUCAUCUCUGGUUUUCUUGACAUACGUGAUUUCAUUCAUUUUUCGCAAUAGGAGAAAAAAUAGUGGUAUUUGGUCAUUUUUCUUCUUCAUUAUCACCAUCUUCACAAUAGUUGCUACAGAUAUAAAUGAAUAUGAAUUUCUAGGGUUAUUUCUCUGCACUAUAUUAAUACCACCUUUCUCACUGAUUGGUUCGCUGUUCAUUUUCUCUGAGAUUUCUCCUGACUCCGUGGAUUACUUAGGGGCUUCAGAACAUCAAAUCGUGUUCCUGGCAUUGCUAAUACCUUACCUUCAUUUUUGCAUUUUUGUUUUUGUUCUCUGGUGUCUGGAAGUGAACUUUAGAAAGAAAUCAAUGAGAAAAGAUCCCGUGUUCAGAAUUUCCCCAAGAAGCAGUGGCAUUUUCCCAAACCCAGAAGAACCCGAAGGAGAGGAUGAAGAUGUUCAGAUAGAAAGAAGGAGAACCACAAAUGCUAGGACCAUCGCAGACUUUGAGAAACCCGUCAUCAUUGCUAGCUGUCUGCGGAAGGAAUAUACAGGCAAGAAGAAAGACUGCUUCACUAAGAGGAAGAAAAAAGUGGCCAUAAGAAAUGUCUCUUUCUGUGUUAAAAAAGGUGAAGUUAUAGGACUCUUAGGACACAGUGGAGCUGGCAAAAGUACAACUAUUAAGAUGAUAACUGGGGAUACAAAUCCAACCGCAGGACAGGUGAUUUUGAAAGGGAGCAGUGAAGGGGAUUCCCUCGGGUUCCUGGGAUACUGUCCUCAGGAGAACGUGCUCUGGCCCAACCUGUCAGUGAGGGAACAUCUGGAGGUCUUCGCCGCCAUCAAAGGGUUGGAGAAAGGGGACGCCACAGUCAGCAUCAUACGGUUGGCGGAUGCACUCAAGCUGCAGGACCAGCUGAAGCAGCCUGUGAAGGCUUUAUCCGAGGGAAUAAAGAGGAAGCUCUGCUUCGCACUGAGCAUCCUGGGAAACCCAUCGGUGGUGCUUCUGGAUGAGCCCUCCACCGGCAUGGACCCCGAGGGGCAGCUGCAAAUGUGGCAGGCAAUCCGGGCCACCUUUAGGAACAUGGAGAGGGGUGCCCUCUUGACCACCCACUGCAUGGCAGAGGCUGAGGCCGUGUGUGACCGCGUGGCCAUCAUGGUGUCUGGAAGGCUGAGGUGUAUUGGUUCCAUACAACACCUGAAAAGCAAAUUUGGGAAAAAUUAUCUGCUCGAGUUGAAGGUGAAGAACCCCGCCCAGGUGGAGCCCCUCCACUGUGAAAUUCUGAGACUUUUCCCCCAGGCUGCUCGGCAGGAAAGGUACUCCUCCCUGAUGGUCUAUAAGUUGCCUGUCAAGGACGUGUGUCCUUUAUCGCAAGCUUUCUUCAAAUUAGAGAUAGUUAAGCAGAGCUUCGACCUGGAGGAGUACAGCCUCUCCCAGUCCACCCUGGAGCAGGUUUUCCUGGAGCUCUCCAAGGAGCAGGAGCUGGAUGACUUUGAUGAAGAACUUGACUCUUCGGUGAAGUGGAAACUCCUCCCACAGGAAGACCCUUGAAGUCCCAAUUACCCUAUUUUUAAAAAAAUCUUAGGCCUCUUUUUAAAUAUAAUAUUUUAUAUCAUUAAUAUAUCUGAUCUCAAAUAGGAUACAAAAUGCUUUUGGAAUUCAUGUCACCAUUUUUCUCAAUAACAUGACGUCUAUCAGGACUAAGGAGAAAAAUCAGUGAGAACAGUCUUGAAACGGACCAUGGGGGCCUCUGUGCCAACAACUAAACCCCACAUGUCAGAGGGAAGUAAAUUAAAAAUGCAUUUGUUACAAAAUGUUUGGGUUUCUCAAGAUGAUACAGAGAUUUGCUUUAUUUUUAUUUGAUAUUUGAACAUCAAAAUAUUGAAUAUUUUCUUAUCCUUUUGAAUGAAGUAAGGACAAAGUAAGACCUAAUCUUGAUGUAGGGGGCAGAGAGCCAGUGAUUACAGAAUAACAUGGUAUUUGCUCUUUUGUUUUUUAGUUUUUAUUUAAAUUCCAAUUAGUUAACAUACAGUGUAAUAUUAACUUCAGCUGUACAAUACGGUGACACAGCGCUUUCGAACAACAUGCGCCGCUCAUCCCCACAAGUAUUUGCUUUCUGUAAUUCAGAGUUUGUUUUGUUCUUUUUUUCAGCUUAUUCAUAAUACAUGGAUUUUCCUUUUCUGUCAUUUUUCACAUUUUAUAUUGUAUAGUCUAUGUUCUGUCUGUUGUGACUAUCAAGGAAUUUGAAAACCUGUUAAAAUAAGUAAUUUCAGUAAGAAUUUGAAUAAUCAAGUUGAUGGAAGUUUAAAAAUGACGUAUCUCACAAUUUUGAAACAUACUUAUGAUUUGAUAGGUUUUCUUAUGAUGUAAGGGUAUAUAGCAGAUCUUAAUUUCUCAUGUUUAUGUGUCUUAUGACUUCUUUAAAAUCUGUGCAAUAUACUUGUAUAUUCUUAUUUAGGUAAGUUUUUUUGUUGUUGUUCUUGCUACUGUUGUUGUUGUUAGCUCUUAUGGACUGAAUUGAGUUCUCCCAAAAUUCAUAGGUUAAAGCCCCAAAGUCCAGUGUGGUUGUAUUUGGAGAUAGGGCCUUUAAUGAGUCAGAAGUUCAGUGAGGUCAGAAGAUUAGGGCCUUAAUCCAAUAGCACUGGUAUCUUUAUAAAAAGGGAACGAGAUCCCCUAUCUCUGUGCACUCACAGGGUAAAGAUCCCAUGAGAACACAGCGAGCUGGCUACCCACAAGCCAGGAAGAGAGACAUCACCAGAAACCAAGUUUUCUGACACCUGGCCUGGGAGUCACUAUUGGGAGAUGAGUUGUCUGCAGAGCUCCAGGACCAUGCAGGACCGAGUCAUGAAACACAGAGCUAUGCAGAGUGCAACACAAAACCAAAAAAAUGAAACCCCUACAACACACUGUGGUUUUGAGCUGCUGAGGUUACGGAAACAGUGGGGUUGUUUGUUACAACAGACAGUCAAUGUUACAUUAACUAACUCAGAUCAUGCCAGGAAAUGGGUGGGGACAAAACCCUGGAGUAUUUCUUGAUGGAAUUGCCAAUGAUUAUUCUAAGCAGCCUGUUCCCAGUCCUUGCCUGAAUCUACUCUAAAAGCAUGACCCUUCCUUCACUUUCAACCCAUUUCUGCCACACCAUCCUCAAAGUAUAGGCAAACAACAGUAACUUCCAACCCAAGACGGGAUGCCUCUGGGUGAGUCUACCCUUCUUUGUAUUGUGAAAAUCCAAGAAGGGAUGACCUGAGAUAUACAAAGUUAUACUGAGUGAAUGUUUGGAGUAUUUGAAGUCGAAAGUAAGAAUAAGUUAUUCCAAUGGAUUAUUAAAUGAAAACAUCACAGCUAUUAUGAAUAAGUAAUUUUAAUGAGUGGAUUUAUUUUUUUCAUCCUAGCUGUGCUUUUCUCAACAACGGCACUGUUAAUGUUUUGUGCCAGAUAAUUCUUUGUUGGGGGAGGGAGAAAGGAGAGGCUAUCCUGUGUAUUGUAGAAUAUUCAAUGGCAAUUCUGAUCUGUACCCAGUAGCAAUCGCCACCUGAGUGUGACAAUCAAAACGUCUCCAGAUAUUGUCUAAAUCAAAUUAUACGUCCUUAAAUCGACUGCUUGGUAAUUUUAUGAUCUUGGAGCAAAGUAAAAAAUGAAUUAAAGACAGUGGGUCUUGUUCCUUUGGAGGUAUUGGCAUGUUGCGUUAAAUACUCUGGACUAAACUAUAAAAAGUGUUCAUUUUGAAGAAAUCUGAAAACUUGCAAUAAAAAUGGCCAAUAAUACAUUUUAAAA